GCGGUAUUACACGGAGGAACUCCACAACCGGGGUCAACCAAGUGCAACGCUAGUAAAGUAACGGACCGGAAGCCGAACCUCCCUUCCCGGAAGCAGCUUCCGCCCGCCUCCUGCCCAUUUGCCCUUUUAAGGAGGAACUUUGCAAGGCUCCAGGGUUUCAGCAGACAGUUGGACUCAGGAGAAAUGGCCCUGGUACCCUAUGAGGAGAGCAUGGAGAUAGGGCUCCAGAAAUUCCAUAAGCCUCGCGCUACCUUCUCUUUUGCAAACCACACCAUCCAAAUCCAUCAGGACUGGAGGCAACUGGGAGUCGCAGCAGUGGUUUGGGACGCGGCCAUCGUUCUUUCCACGUAUCUGGAGAUGGGUGCCGUGGAGCUCAGGGGCUGCUCUGCUGUGGAGCUGGGUGCUGGCACAGGGCUCGUGGGCAUAGUGGCUGCCCUGCUGGGUGCUCAUGUGACUAUCACGGAUCGACAAGUAGCAUUAGAGUUUCUUAAGUCAAAUGUUGAAGCCAAUCUACCUUCCCAUAUCCAACCCAAAGUUGUUGUUAAGGAGCUGACUUGGGGACAAAAUUUGGAAAGUUUUUCGCCUGGAGAAUUUGAUCUCAUACUUGGCGCUGAUGUCAUUUACUUAGAAGAUACCUUCACAGAUCUUCUUAAAACAUUGGAACAUCUCUGUAGCAGCCGCUCUGUGAUUCUUUUAGCUUGCAGAAUUCGCUAUGAACGGGACAACAACUUCUUAAUGAUGCUGGAGAGGCAGUUUGCUGUGAGUAAGGUCCACUACGAUCCUGAGAAGGAUGUACAUAUUUACAAAGCACAGAAGAGAGACCAGAGGGAGGACUUGUAGUGGGCAUUGUUUUUAAGAACAGUCAGAGUUCCCAUGUUAAUGUGAUGGCAGACGGCAAGUCUGUCCAACCAGAGCUGCUCAAGAACAAAGCAUUUGUGCUCUUUGCAGACAAAUUCAAACCUUGAGCCAUUGCCAUAACUGUCUGUCACGAUUGACUCUGCUGAGCAGUAAAUGUACAUGUGAGGUUUGGCUGCUGUUCUUUCCUUAGCCAAUGUGCCCACUUGGUAAGCAGUUUCCACUGACAAUCUGAAAAGAAUGGUGUAGAGGUAUCUUUAAACUGGUGAGAUUCAGUCAUAUGUCCUGGGCUGUAUGUUUGUUUCCUUGGCUGUUGGUGUAAACGGGGUUUACUGCAUAUAUUCCUGAAAUGUUUAUGCUGUUGAAGUCUCUUACUUUUUUUGUGAGAUAAGGCCUUACUCUGUAGCCCUGGGUGGGUCUGAACCUGUGUAGACCAGGCUGACCUCUGAGUGCUGGGGUUACAACACGUGUGUGCCAUGACAUCUGGCUUACCAUUUAGUUCUUAAGCAUCUUGAGAUAAGAAUAAGUUUUCUGGUUCUCAUAUGAUACCUUUUUUUUUUGCCAGAUUUCAGGGGUAUGUAAGCAAAGGAAUAAAUAAAAAUAAAUUUUUUACAUUUAAAAUUACAUAAAAUUGUGGGCUGAAAUUUUCUUCUACAAUGAUUCUUGUUUCAGCUUUGCAUUUCUCACUGUUGUUGUAUGUUUCUUAGAUGACUUUUUUCCUGCCUUUUAGUAUGUUAGUUUUUAAAAGUUAACUCUCAUUUCUUCAUAAAGGUUAGCUCUCAAGGUACAAACCCUGUAUUGUACCUGCAAUUACUCCUUGGAUUGACAGAUUCCUGCUGGGCUGUAAGCUGCUGGGAGCCCUCUCUCAUUUUCCUUCCCUGGUGUCCAGUAAAAAGCAUAUAACCAAAUGCUUAGGGUAAAUUCCAUUUUGGUCACUGAUGUUUUGUGGUGCUAUGUAUCAAACCCAGGGUUGUGCACACACUGGGCAAACACUAACCCUGAAUUAUUACAUCUCUAGCCAAAGUUACUGACUUUUGAGUUUUCUCAAAAGUUAUCAAUACAAGCUUUUCUUAUUAAUUUUCUUUUUUGGUUUUGGAGACCAGGUUUCUGUGUGUAACAGCCCUAGCUGUUCUAGAAUUAGCUCUGUAGGCCAGGCUGGCUUCAAACUCACAGAGAUCCAUUUGCCUCUGCCUCCCGAGUGAUGGGAGUAAAGGCUUGCACCACCAACGCCCAGCUACAAGUUUAGACCAUGGGAUAUUAUGAGCUUACAAUGGCAUUUAGUAGUAGAAAUUUGUUGUAUUUGUUGUAUAGAUGAUUCAAGACCUCAUUUUCUUUUAAUAAAUAUUUUGGAUAUGAAAAUA